GUGACAAGCACUCCACCGUUUGACCCCUCGAAACGAAACACCAACUCAUCUGCUGUUACUAUUACUUCAUUGCAAAAUAAAAAGACAAAACUAUAGGGAACAAGAUUGUUUUUGGAUCCCAAGAAUUAAAACUCAUUAUCCACUGUUCCAAUCACGACAUAUUGUAAGAAUCAAAGUGAAUGAUGGCAAGUACAUCAAGCGACCAAAUGGUGGUUGCUCAAAAAACAUGGGAAGUUAACAACAGCAUAGAGACAAUAAGUAUCGUCGAUGAAAUUUAUAGAUACGACAGGAAAGAACAGCAAGAUAUAUUGGCUGCAAAACCCUGGGAAAAAGAUCCUCACUUCUUCAAAGACAUAAAAAUAUCAGCAUUGGCUUUACUGAAAAUGGUGAUGCAUGCUCGAUCAGGUGGCACACUGGAAGUUAUGGGACUGCUAUUAGGUAAAGUAGCUGCUAAUACCAUGAUCGUGAUGGAUUCAUUUGCUUUGCCCGUUGAAGGUACAGAGACAAGAGUAAAUGCUCAAGCACAAGCGUAUGAAUAUAUGACAGCUUAUAUUGAAGCUGCAAAACAGGUUGGGAGGCAAGAAAAUGCUAUUGGAUGGUAUCACAGUCAUCCUGGAUAUGGUUGCUGGUUAUCAGGCAUUGACGUUUCCACACAGAUGCUGAAUCAAAAUUUCCAAGAACCAUUUGUUGCAAUUGUUAUUGAUCCAGUCAGGACGAUUUCAGCAGGGAAAGUCUGUCUCGGUGCAUUCAGAACUUAUCCUAAGGGUUACAAACCAGCGAUGGAAGAGCCAUCGGAAUAUCAAACGAUUCCUUUGAACAAAAUUGAAGAUUUUGGAGUUCAUUGUAAACAAUAUUAUUCGUUGGAGGUGUCAUAUUUCAAGUCGUCGUUGGAUCGUCGAUUGCUCGAUUCCUUGUGGAAUAAAUAUUGGGUAAACACGUUGAGUUCAUCAAGUUUGUUAACAAACGCGGAUUACACAACUGGUCAAAUAUUUGAUCUCUCUGACAAAUUGGAACAAUCGGAAGUAGCGCUUGGACGCGGUGGAUUUGUUCUUGGUGUAAAUGACAUGCAUGAUCGUCGGGGUGAGGACAAGCUCGUGAAAGCAACUCGCGACAGUUGCAAAACUACGAUUGAGGUUAUACAUGGGUUAAUGGCACAAAUUAUCAAAGACAGGCUGUUCAAUCAGGUCGGAGCAAAUUCCGCCAACUCUUGAAAUAAAUAUAUAAAAGAUA